GAGAUUGUUCUGAGUUGUUGAAAAUGGUUGUCAAACAAAAGGUUCUCCAAUAAACAAGUAAACGCAACGAGCAUUGUAAACGUAAACUUUACCCUAUGUUUAAUUUUUAUAGAAGACAGCAUAGCACAAGUCUUUGCUCGUAACAAAAUAACAAAUUAUUUGGUGCGUGUAUGAAAGCUCUGCACAGAGAAUGCAGUGCUCCAGCUACUUCACAGAUAAUUUAGGAGAGGGACAGAAUGUUAUGACAGUCCCAAUCUUAGACAUACAUUGUUGCCAAAUUUCGACAGAAGACUGUGAACCAAAGGAUUUCAGCAUGAAGUCUAUUAAAAAACUGAAACAUGUUCCUCCUCCCCUAAAUCUUGACUUUCAACUUCCGAGAAACUCACUGAGAGAGUUUGCGAACAUAGCCACCUGGCCAAAAAGUCCAUUAAUGCAAAAAAACUUGCCAUUCCGUAAAAGGGCACACAGCAUGUCGCACACGGAAGAUGAGGCACAGCAGUCUCCCGCCUGCGCGGCCGCUCCAGUCGAUAGCUGCUGUCCGCCGCCGCGAGACAGACAGUCGACCCCGCAGAGCUCCGUGUGGGGCUCCAGCACGGUGCAGCUCAGCCCGGCCCCGUCGUCGCUGGGCGACAGCCGCGAGGAGCUGGCCUGGCCCUCCGCGGGGUGGCACUGCUUCCAGUCAGGCGUGCUGGUGAAGGUGGACGGCCAGGCAGGCGGGACGGGCGGAGCGUGGAAGGCCUCGGAGGAGCUCGGCCAGAGCUGGCAGUGCCCUGACUGGCUGCGGCUGCUGCGACUGGAGAACGUGCAGGAGGCGGGGGGCAGCUUCGUGCUCAGCUUCUCGUGCCUGGGCGCAGCCGGGCAGGUGACUGCCCGGUGCGAUGCAGAUCACGUGCUCUACGUCAGGGACAAAGGUUGGAGCGCUGUGUACCCUCAAUGCGUGUUCAAGAUUCACGGCAAAAUGUGCCCAUCCAUAGAGCUGGGUGACGUGUGCGUGGCUGCACCAAAGACUUCAGUGUUGUCCCCGGACAUCUGUGAUCGGUUUCAGAGGUUCAACUUCCCGCCCGAGGACUCGCAGCUCCACCUCCAGCUGCCUCAGCACCCCCUGCCGCUCUCUCCGCCCGUGUCGCCAACCAAGAAGCUCAAGGACCCCGACCGCCCCAAGCGACCCAUGAAUGCUUUCAUGCUGUUCGCGCAGAGGUUCCGUCCCAAACUGAUCCAGUUGCAUCCGGGAAAGGACAACAGGGCGAUCAGCGUGCUGCUGGGCGCGGCGUGGCGUGGCCUCUCUCCGGCGCAGCAGGACGUGUACCGCUCGGAGGCCUGCGGCCUGGCGGAGGAGCAGAAGAGGCGGCACCCGGACUGCUGGAAGAGGAGGCGCUCCCACUCCACCAGCUAGCGGCUGCAACUCAGCCAGGCCUGCCGACUGCCGCAAGUUGUGCGUUUCACGUGGCCGAGCGACAGCUUGAGCUAAAAUUAUGAAAUGUCGGCGGUAUUUCUCUGUCGGUAUAUUUCAUUGCUAUGCAAAGAAUUUUUCCUGUUAAUCAAUAUUAGUGUAUGGUCUAAAUUAUUAUAGGGGGUAUUCCUUUAUCGUUUGUCAGCCCUAUCAGGCUGGAACACAGCUACUGAUUAUAUGAUUUUAGUUUAAAAAGUUGACAGAGACAUCACCACUCAUGGGUAGAGACAUGCAUAUUUCGCGAUUGCGAUAAAACGAAUUUUUACGCGAAUUUGAGUACAUUUUUAAGAAUAACGCGAAUUUCUCACAUUUUGGAUAAUAACGCGAAAUCCUUGAAUUUUCGGCGAACAGUCAGAACAUUUUCCUCAUUCUAACACGGCAAUUCAAUUUGUAAAUACAGUAACAAACGUGAAACAACAAAAAACCAAAGAUAACUACCCACACAGUGUAUUUUAUAACAUGAAAAGUUGCUUUUAUUUCUAAACAUGUAACAAUUUAAGCCUAGGCGUGUAAAAGUCCGAGUAAUUACAGCAGGAGACAAUCUAAAAUGUACUAGGGAAAAACGUAAACUCACGAAUAUAGAAACGUAACGGAAAUGUCGGAAAUAUUACGUGGCUGAUCGUAACAUUGUAACGUAGAGCUGUAGCAAACCGUAUGUAUUCGUUACUGAGUAACGGGUGCGGCAUCUAGUAACGAGUAACGAAACGUUACACACGAAUGCAUUUCGUUACUCGCAUCUUUCGUAUGUUUCACGCAUGCGCGCGCUUAUUCGUUACAAAGAACGAUGUUUGUUUAUUAAUAAAAGUAUGAUUUGGAAAUUCGUCGUCCAAGUUUUUUACUGUUUAUUAAAGGUAUUGUGUGUGUAGACAAAGUUUUAGAUUCGAACAGAAACAACGUAAGAAAGUAUUUUUUACAAAUUAUAAAUAUGUAUGUUUUUGUUUUUUAUAAUCGCGUAUUUUCACGUUUUAUGUUCUUAUCUUAAAAGAUAUAUUAUUAUAAAGCCGCUCUAAUGAGAGUUAAUUGUUUCUUGGUUAACAAAAGCUGUUCAUUAUCAAAUAUUUUUAAUUGUUUAUAUUCGAUUUAUUUUUAUUUACGCGACGUCAUACUGUACGCGUACGAAAUACGACUCGAUUCGAUGCUGUUACAUAAGAUAGCAUGUGCCAUGACAUGCGGUAUCAGAAGUAACGAGUAACGAUACGAAAGUAACGAGUACUAAUUGUUAUAGUAACGAAUACAUACGGGUACACAUUUUUUCGUUACUUUUACACCUCUAAUUGUAAGUGCUGAUACUGUAUUUAUGUCACAACUUAGCCGAAAUACUGGUACGAGACAUGAACUUCACAAGAUAAAAUGAGUGGAAUCUUGGUAACUGUUUUAUACGUAUUAUAUAAUUUCGGAAGUAUUAUACUGUUGACGCAUAUUUUUUAAACUAACCAUUUAUUUGUGGGUAUCGUAAAUAAUUAAUUAUUGGUAUCAAGACAUCAAGAUGAACGUAAACUUGAACAUGUCACGGCAGCGAGUAAGCGGGUGCGUAUACCAAUAAACUGGUAUUAGAACUGGACAAAACUGGUACACGGGAGGUGGAGCUUAUAUUUUUUUCCGCUAAGCUCGCUUCUAUUGGCUGGCUGCUGAUGGAAGGUCACGAGUCUGGGCGGAGCAUUGAAUGAGUUAUACUGCGCAUGCGCAGCUCAGAGAACAGACGCCGCAGGCGGCACUGUAACAACAGAUGAUCGAGUACAAUGACCUUUCUCCGCGCAAGGCGCGCAAUUGACGGUAAAUUUUCAUCAAUUUGCGCCCCUUUUUUAUUUAUUUUUACUGUGUAAUGUAGCCCGUUCUGAACGCUGCAGGAUGCGACUGUAUUUUAAUUAACUUUAACGUAUUUCUUACUUUUCCCUUUAUUUACACUUUCCCGCUUUUUACACUUUCUUACUUUGUCCCCAUGAAAAGUGCAAAUAAGGGGUUUUGCUGUAUUUUGAUAUUCGGCUCGCCUGGACAGUCGAUUAUCACGGUGUUUACAGCAGGUUGUUUCUCGAAGCGUUGUUCUCUUAUAUAGUCUUUAGCGUUGUUUGUCCAUUGCGUCCAUUUUUAUUAACCAAAUACCAAAUUUAAAAUGCAAACACGGUGACGAUUCGUAACAUUCUGUUGUGCGCAAGUUAAAGUUUAACGGGUCGAAUUUUGUUACAGAUAGUUUUCAACGUCUGUGAAAUAAAUUAAAGGUGUACAAUUUAAAGGUCGGCUAAAACAUUAGGCAAUGCCUAAAGUGCCGGUAACUGCAAAACAGCGAGCCUCUGAAUUUUCUCAACACGGACUUUAUGCUAGUGAUUCAACCACACUUUUUUGUCGUCACUGUAAUGUCACCGUCUCUUGGGAUAGGAAAGACUCAUGUGAAAAACAUGUAGGCAGUGAAAAACACAAGAAGCGUCUCUCUUCAUUGCAAGGCUCAUCUAGUGCGCCUGAACGCCAGUCGUCAAUAUCUUCAGCGUUUCAGACAGCAAAAAAUAAUGUCCAAAAAGACAAAAAGUUGGAAUUUAUAAAGGAAACAGCAGAGACCUUUAUAAAGGCAAAUAUACCCCUUGAAAAGCUUGAUGAUCCUAAUAUCAGGGCAUGGCUGAACAAAUACAUCGAAGGUGCUGGAGACAUGCCACUUGCGAGAACAGUCCGUGAGAAAUAUGUAGGGGACAUAGCCAAAUGCAGAAUUGAAGAUGCCAAAACUGCAUUAAAGGACAAAAAAAUUGACAUACUGUGCGACGAAACAACAGAUAAAAUGGGUAGGUGUGUAUUUGUUGUUUUAUUUAGAAUUCUGAAUCUUCAACAGGAUAAACCAGAAAUAUUUGUUGCAGGAGUUCACUUUCUUGAAGCUGCUAAUGCCACAAACUGUGUGAGGGCAAUUUUAGAUUCACUCAAAAUGUACAAUGUACAGUAUGGUGAUGUGCUCUCAGUAGUAACCGAUGCUGCUCGUUAUAUGACCAAGGCUGUUAGUACUCUCGAAGUAAUCCUUGGAGACCAGUUAACGCAUGUCCAGUGCUGGGCACAUAAGUUAAAUCUUGUUGGCAAUGUCUGGGUGAAAGAGUUGCCUGAGUUGAACAAUGCUAUGAGCAAAAUAAAAAAUGUGUUCAACAACACCAGGAAAAGAAGGCACCUGUAUGCUAGCUUUCUUGAAGAAAAGCAUGGAGAGAAACGUCCAUUGUUCCCACUUCCUGUUGUUACUAGAUGGAAUUCCUGGUUCAACAGCGUUUUUUAUGUAGCAGACUACAUACAUGACAUUGUUGAUUUCUGCAAAACGGAUGAACUAAAGGCAACACAAAAUUCAGGGGUUGAGUUUCUGUGUUCACUCACAGAAAAUGACAUUUCUCUCAUUCUUUGUCAAGCUGUCUUUGUGAAAGAUCAUGCCAAGAGCCUUGUAGAGCUAAUACAGAAACUUGAAGGUUCUUUGUAUCCAACUGCCCAUUCACUAUAUGGGGACUUGCAAGGUAUAAAAAAAAAAUUUGAAAACAUCACUCGUGGCAUUUAUUUUGAGGCAACCAGUAGAGCUUUGUCUAACAUGCCCCCCGCUAAAGCUGCUGAAGCUAAAGUGUCCAUCACAAGAACAGCAACACAAGCCCUUUCCAAACUGAACUCUCUCAUGACAACUGACCCAAGUAGAAAGAGAUUUGAAGCAAUUCAAAUUUUUAGUCAGGAAAGUUUGUUGCUUGCUAAAUUAAACCCAGAAAUGGUGCAGAAACUGAAAACUGUCCAUAGUCUCUACUCCAUAAGCACUGAAGAAUUAACAGCUGGUUUUGGUCAGCUUCAGGACAUUGUUACAAAACAAAUGGAAACAGACAAUUCAGUGGACGUAGUGAAGUCAUUGAAUGUAGUAAAGCUGUCACAGCCAUUGUUUGCUUCCAGCUGCCUUGAAGCCAUCUGGAUGCCUUCUGCAAACGUUGACUGUGAACGAUUUUUGUCCUCAUAUAACACAGUCUUAACAGACCGCAGGACAAAUUUAAAUGAGGCUAAUUUGUGUAUCAUGGCUACUUUUGCUUUCGAGAGCUAAAGUUUGAGGAUUUUGUUCCAUGUGUUUAUGUCACUAUUUUAGAGACUUCAUAUUUAUUCUUGCUGGUUUAGGUACUAAAAUAUUUUCAAUUACUGUAUGUAAAAAGUGAUGUGUAAAUUCGAUUGUAAAUUACUGCUGCUAGUGCAACUGUACAAUGCAAGAAUGUGUCCAAAAUUUCAAGGUAUGCUUAGCUUAAUUUUUUAAACUUAUAGUGCUAAAACUAUUUAAAAAAUAACACCGCUUUUGAUGUAUGAUAACACCACUUUUAAGGGUAAAUAACAACGAAUUUUGCUAUAAAAUAAACCCCAAAACUGCAUGUCUCUACUCAUGGGGUAGUUCGCUAGUACAUUUGAUAGAUAGUGCAACAACACAUUUUACAUGAAUACUAUGCUGUUGGAGGGCAAAUUAUGUAUUUGUGAAAAAUUCAGAAGCAUGGAGAUUUCUAUGUAGAUGUUGAAAUAGGACAUUAUAAAACAAUAAUCUCAUUAAUUUGACGUGCUCAAGUCUUAAAUUUGGGACUUCAAAAUUUGUUAGUGUUUUAUUAAUAAAAUUAAAUGUAUCCUGUAGGCAUGAAUAACAAUAUUGUUGUGUUCUUUUAUUUCUCUCAAAAUGGUAGCAACAUUAUUUUAGCAGCAUUAUUAGAAUAUCAAUGUUUAUUUAAUACUGUUCACCGAAUGAUUAAAAGUUACCUCAUGCCUUGUCAGGUUGUCUCAUGCACUGUGUGUGUGGUUGAUGCUGCCGCCCUAUCCGACCGAGCCGUUCUGAGCCAUCUUGCCAACCAGGUGGCUUUAUUAAGUAUUGCAACUUGUGACAGUAAUAAUCGUGAUAGAUAACUAGAAACAGAGAGUUUAUAUAAAGUGACAACUUGUAAUUAAAUUAUGAACGUUUAAAGUGAUCACUUACAAAUGGCGAACUGCGGGUUAAUGAUGCAUAAUGUGUAACUACGAGGGUUAUUUUUUUUUUCAACCUCCGAUCGGCUGUAAUAAAAAAAAGGGAAUGAAUGCACAUACCGUAUUGGCCCGAAUAUAAGGCGACCCCGAAUAUAAGGCGACCUGCAGUUUCAGGAGGCCAAACAAAUGUAAAAAUAAUUUUGGUAGAAAUUAAUGUGAAAAUUCAUUAGACAUACAUUUUGUGUUGAUGAAUCCUUUUUGCAUUUAUGUAUAACAAUUAAAUUAUAUUUAUCACAUUAAUUAUUUAAAAAAAGGUUUGAAUGGCCUACCCUAAAAGUAAAAAAAAAAAAAAAAAUUAAAAAUAUUUAUAUUUUUAAGUAUUACACUAGAAAUUUUUUCGUAUGUUUACUCUAAUGAAGCUGCAUAGUUGUCAUCUUCAGAGCUGUUUAUUUGUCUAGAGCUCGUUCCCCGCCGUUCCACUGAUGUGUGAUUGUUCAUUUUUCACAGUUUACUGUAUCUACGAAUUUUAAAUUUUUACAAUGGCUAUUAAUCACUCUUAAAAUACAGCAUUUAACUUUCCGUUUCACUUAAGCUACGUAUUACCACAGAAGAAUGCGUAUUACUAUUUAAUAGUGUGUUAAACGUAACAAAGUAAACAAUGAAUGCAGUUUGCCGGAACAAAACAAGUGGCUAGCUGCCAUGAUGAAAAAUACGGCCAUGAAUAACAUCGGUUACGUGACCGCGAAUAUUUGUCCAUAUUACUCUCUGACAGAGAGUCUCUGUCCUAUUAAUUUUAAAGACUAAUCUAUGAUUAUUAAGUUGUUUGAAAGGUUUUUACAUAUAUAAAGAGUGGAUUAUUAAAAUAGCUUUUGAAACAACGUACCAAAUUCCUGUUAAUAUGGCGUCUUCGUGCGUGUUCGGCAAUGUUCGUUUUACAACAAAGAAAUAUUGUGGAAAGACAGUUGGCAGCCGUGAAUUUCCAAACAUUACAUCCGAAAUGUUUGUAAACGUAAACAAUCGUUCUGAAAAUAGCUGUGAUAUUUUAGUACAAAUAUUUCCGUUAAAAAUCUGAAGAUAAAUUACCGUAAAUGUUAACACGCAAUUGUAAACAAAGUACAAAUAUGAAUUGUGUAAUAUAAGGUUGCCAUUUUGAGAUGCUUCAACAUUGACAUUUUUACUCAAGAACAAAUAUUUUAAUUUUCAACUUUAAACAAUUGUGAAUUACCGCAAUAUUGGGUGGAUUUAUCGUUUUCCCCGUGUGAGGUAACGAAGUUAUAGUUUAUAUAAAAAAUCGUGAACAUUUUGUUUCUACUGUAUCUUUCAGCUUGGAGCUAAUUUUUGCGGUCCUGACGUCUUGGGUGCGAAAAUAAGGCGACUUCCAAUUUUUGCAUCUCUCGUUUAUGUAAAAAUGGUCGCCUUAUAUUCGGACCAAUACGGUAAUCACCGUGCAGAUUGAGGCAUUUGUCGUACCGAUGCACCAGCUUUCCAAUACCCUCUGCAUAAAAUGAUGCCUCCUGCCUAUUCAGCCACGUUUUAACAGUGCUCUGCAGUUCAUCAUUGGUCAUCAAGCGUCGACCUCAAAGCCACUUUUUCAACAUGGGGAAAAGGUGAUAGUCACUCGGUGCCAAAUCCUGACUGUAAGGAGGGUGAUCAAACACUUCCCAUCGAAAUCUUGCAAGGAGUUGUUGUGUUACGGCGGCACUAUGCGGUCGGGCAUUGUCAUGAAGCAAGACAACACCAGAUGUCAGCAUUCCUCUCCGCGUGUUGCGUAUCGACUGUCUUAGCCGUCGUAGUGUCGCGCAGUAUGCAGCAGCAUUGAUUGUUGUCCCUGGCUCCAUGAAAUCAACCAGUAGCACAUCUUGGUGAUCCCAGAACACUGUAGCCAUCUGUUUCUUGGUGCUGAAUGUCCAUUUGAACUUUUUCGGCUUGUUUGGAGAAUAGAUGUGCAUCCACUGUUGUGAUUGAAGUUUUGUUUCUUCAUUAUCGAAAUGAAUCCAUGUUUCAUCACCUGUCACAAUUUGAGUCAAAAAGUGUUCACCAUCGUCUGCGUAACGCAGCAAAAACGACAAGGCUGAUGCCAUUCGCCGCUCCUUGUUGAUGUCAGUCAACAUCUUGGGUACCCAUCGGGCACAGAUUUUCCUGUAUCCGAGAUUGUCUGUAACAAUGUCGUAUAGGGCUGACCUUGAAAUGAUCGGAAAUUGUUCAGACAGUUCUGAAAUCGUGAAUCGACGUCUCUCACGAACAACUGCAUCAACUCUCUGAACUGUUUCAUCUGUUGCUACCGACUUCCUUCCUUGGCCACCUUCAUCAUGAACAUCAAUACGGCCUUCGCGGAAUUUCCGACACCACUCUCGCACAACGCCAUCGCUCAUAAAGUUUUCACCGUACACAACACUCAUUCGGCGAUGGAUUUCUGCUGCAGUGUGCCCUUCUGCCUGUAAGAAACGGAUGACUCCACGCAGCUCGCAUUUUGCCGUACAGUUUAUCGUUGCAGCCAUGUUGACAUUCCCAUAACCAAGCUUCAACUGAGGUGUGAGUUGGCGGCUCCACAUGGUUGGUGGAAGGGGGUAAACACUACGAGACGUGUCGAUUCGUGUACGAGCGAUUAGGGUAUCGAUUAAUGGGCAUGCCAUGGAGAAAUGAAACUGUAAUCACACUGCAGGGCACUGUUAAAACAUGGCUGAAUAGGCAGGAGGCAUCAAUUUAUGCAGAGGGUAUUGGAAAGCUGGUGCAUCGGUACAACAAAUGCCUCAAUCUGCACGGUGAUUAUGUGGAAAAAUAGAGUAAAGAUGUACGUUUCUUUUGACAUUAAAGUAAUUUCCCAAUUCAUUCCCUUUUUUUAUUACAGCCGAUCGGAGGUUGAAAAAAAAAAUAACCUUCGUACUACAGUGACUGAAAUAAAGUUAGUUCAAUUAGCAAACCACUUUUAGUGAAAUAUAUAACAAUGCUUGCACUAAGUAAAUUUGGAUUAGGCAUCCUUGUUGUUUGUUGAAUUUAUAAAAUGGCAAGCACACUUUUCCUAUAUGCCAUUUGCGAAAUAAAUCACCCAACAGCAGUCGCGCUGUUUUGGAAACAAAAGUGACAGUGCUGUCGAAAUCUAAAGAAUUUGACUUGUCUCAUUCUCUGCUCUUUGGUAUAUUGUUAUUGUGUAAUAGGCUUCUGUGAAUAUGAUAUUUUUAAUUGGAAUCAAAUUUUCAAUAGAAUUAGAAUAUCACAAUAUUCACCGAUAUCAGAUAUUUUUUAUAUCAAAUUUUAACAUACAGUGACAUUUUUCCACAUUGCACAGGAGUACAAUAAAAAUUGAUCCAAAAUACAGUAAAAUAAAAAUAGAGGAUUAUAGAUGGAACUAUAAUAAAGAUGUGUCGGAUAAAUGAAAUUAAAAAAUUAAACAUGUCAAUGCAUUUUCUUAAACAACUGACUUUAAAGUUUGUAAGUUGUUUUGUUGAUCUGAAUAUAUACGUAAAAUAUAAUAUUAAUAUAUUUAAAACAUAAUAUGUUAUGUACGUAUUAAAUAUAAAAACAGUGUAUGAAUAUUGUUGCAGAAAAAAAAACCAAAUUUCUCAGUAAAAUAUUUUAACCUAAGAUAUGUUACAUUUUAUUUCAAUAAUUUUUAUUGAGAAUGAGUCCCAAAUGAUUUAAUCCUACCAAUUAGUAAAAAAAUAUUUUUUUUUAAAUAGUAAAUUUGAAAUGUCAAAUUAAAUAACAAACUAUUCAUAAAUAUUAAAUAACAAAUUUUUCACAAAUUAUGAAUAUUUUUCGAAUACUCGUAGACCUCUGUUGUGUAAGUUAAUUUACACAAGGAAAACAUGUUAAAGCUAAACGAAAACACAUUACAAAUGAAUGAAGAUUAUAAAUAAGCUAAAUUCCUGUUUUACUGUACACAUAAUAUUAAAAUUCUAACAAUACGUUCAUAACUUUACAGAAUAAGGAUGGUUUCUGUAGAUAUUUUCCCUUCGCACUUGAGACAAGAGAAGUAUAAAGUGUUAAGAAAAAUGUUGAUUUGUUUCCAUGUCCGGCUCGUUGCCGGUUAUUGGGUGACCAUUCUCACUGCACAUUUUUCCCGCAAAGAAUGAUAACUAACAUGUGGCCAGGUUUACCGAUUAGCCGAACAGUAAAUAAUUUUGAAGUAAAUUUUCCUUCAUACAACAUAUUUUCCAAAUCAAAUUCAAAAGCAUCUAAAUUGUAAAUAUAUUCUCACAUUCGGGCAAAGGCAAAGAGUUUGAUUUACAUGAUAUUUCAAAUUAUAAGAGUUUACUUCAUAAGGUUUUAUCCAUUUUCUUUAAUGUGAGCACGUAAGUGAAGGAAAUUUAUUUAAUGUUGAGUCUUGGAGGCUGUUGAAGCUUGUCUUGCCACUCCGGCAAUGGGACCAAGCCGUAUACAUUAAAGUGUGUUGUCUUUUUUGUGUUUGCUUUUUUAAAAUCAUUAAUCUGGCCUGUGAUUAUCUGUGUUUCAGUCUUUUUUCUGGUUUAGGAACUUGCUGCAUUUUUAGUAGGCAUUUUGCACAAACCUUGUUUAGAGAAAAUUUCAAUAUUGGUGUUUAAAAUAAUUUUUUACACAUUUUAAACAGGUUAAAUUCUUAGACAUAGUGUGAUGUGAUAGUCCUGUGCAUUAAUGUAAUAGCAUUAUUGCAGUCUCAAUACCACAAACGAAUUUUGUAUUUAGGACCAGAAUAUUUCUGCUUUUAUUUGUUUACUUUUAAUUAACCAAAUAAAGAACAUCUUUCUUUCAGUUUAAAGCACGUUAGUUACGUCUACUGAAAGAUUUAUUUUAUGAAUAUUUGGAAUAUUUCAACAUUAAACGGUUUUGUGAUAUUUAGUAGUAUAUAUAUACUUAUUGUUGAGAAGUGCUAGUGUUUAGUUCAUUUUGAUUUUUUUUAUAGAUGUUGGGUUUAACGACAUUAUUGAUCUCUUUUAUGCACCAAGUAUGAUUAAGUCUCAGUCGUUUUAGUUUUGGUGUGAGGAAAAUAUAUUUUUAUCCACCAAAGGAAAUAUUGAGCCAUUUUGUUAGUUUUUAUGCUAUGAUGGUGUUGUAAUUUGGUGAAAAUGUUAGUUGUGGUUUUACUUUUUUUAUCACAGUACAGGCUGGAAUGUAAUUUUUAUGCAAUUGUUAAGUGAAUAACAAAAUCACCCCUACUUUCCUUGAGAGCAUUAUUUACCCUCAUUUCAAUAAAUCAAAGCAAUUUAUUUACAUUUCAUAAUGCUCUUAAAUAUGUAAUACAUUGUGGCUGAACCUUGGCCAGCUGGUUCAGGUCCUAGCUCACACAGUCUGGCUGGGGUGCUACUACUGCCCAUAUGCUUGAAGCUGCUGCUCCAACUCGCUCAGUAGCUAAGUAGGCGGGUGGACUGCUCUAUGCGUCAGGUUGCAGAUGAACUGCGCUCGUAACUGCAGUGAUGUGCAGGAGCCAGGCACGAUACAGGUGAACUGGACCGCUCCCGUUACGUGCUGUCGCUUAAUGGACGAGUCUUUGUGACGAUCCUCGGCUCCGGGUCGAUCGACUAGGUCCACCAAGAUGUCAACACCUGUGAGUCCAUUCAGGCUGUGUUCAGAUCUCCAAAGUAAACUCUUACACCUCGUCACAGAGUCAUUCCUCUUUUGGUAUUGAUUUUAUAGCAAUCUAGCUUAGAAAAGUGAUGUUUGCAGACUUUUCUUGUAGACAUAAAAAUCUAAUGUUAAAAGUAGUAGCGUGAUAAUAUUUCUACAAACCUGAAGGGAUAAAAACUUCUGUGUUUAAAGUAAAGUUAAACGUAUUUUGAAGUUAUGGAUACACCUAUUCAGGUUCGUCCCGUAUGUUACACACGCUGCUCUUCCACAGAGAGAGGAGAGGGAGGCGGGAGUGUUGGUGUAAACCGAGUCCUAUGAAGAUCAGUCAACCCCCUCUGCUUCCAGUGCUAGACUUCUAGUAUGCCAGCUGUAGCCAGGGCAAAAUUAUGUGCAUUUCCUGGUGCUGGUUUCCUGUUAAGUGAGACAUGUUGAUGUCAGAAGCUGAUUACAAUAUUUUGUCUGGUUAAUAAGACAUGCUUUUUGAUUGAUAAUGGUUCCAUAGAAAAGUAGGCAAAGUUAUUUUCUUAAUAAUUAAUUACAAAAUGUUUAUUUAUAUUUCAAUUUACAUUAUGGAAGUCUUAAAAAGUUUUUUUUUAUAUAUAAAAAAACCUAAUAUACCAUGAAUCUUUCUUAAUAGAAAUGGCAUUUGGUGUUUUGUGUAGUUUGUUAAGUUUGUACUGCAGCGUUAAUAAAGUGCAGCCUUCAAGUUAUCAGUUAAAGUGCACUUUUUUGUAGUUGUGCUACGGUAUUUCUCUGAAAGUAAAACUGUGAUUUGUGGUAAAAUGAAAAUUUAUCUUUGGUUUGUGUAGUGUCUCUUUAUGUCAUUGCCCAUUGGUAAAUUAUUAUCUUAGAUAAACUAAUAAUAAUUCUCCUUAUUUCCUUCAAAUAUAUUGAUAUUAAUAUUAAUUAAUUUACAGUGUACUUGACAGCAAUACUGAGAAUUGUGAAACCAAAUAUUUACAUUUAGAACAAGUGUAAUUAAGAAAAAUGCCACUUUAAUUGUUAUCUGGAAGUUGUUAAAGGGAUUUUAAAAAUGUGUACAAUAGUGUAUUUAAGAUAAAGCAAUUGAUCUUGCUAAUUGUUUUGGCAUUUAUGUUUAAAAAGUUGUUUUUCAGAGUUUUAGGUACUUCAGUGUAAUAACGUUAAAUUUUGUAUAGAUUAGUGAGUUUUUUGAAGAUUUGUUGUAAUUAUAAUCUGCAGAUAGAAUGAAACUUUUAUUUACACAUUUUAAGGGACCAAAAUGAACUUAAGCAAAGUGCAGAAAAAUACUAAAUAUAUGAAUAUUUGUAUUAAUUUUUCAAUUAGAAAUUAUGUUACAUCACAGAAACUUAGUGUUAGCUGCAGAAAAUGUAGUUAAUAUCAAGGGACAUUUUAAAUGAUUCGACUACAAUUUUUAGUGCAUAAUAUUUUUGGGUUAUAUAUAGCAUAAUGAGUUAUGUGUGUCAUUUUUCGUUCCAAGUUUUACUUUUCCACCAACCCCAAUUUUGCUAACUUUAGUAAUUCUCUAAAAACAAUAAAACAUCUUAUCGGCCAGAGUUGAAUGUAUAAACUAUGUCAAGUUAUUAUUUUUUGUAAUUAAAAACUUUUGUUCUGCUAUAUGUGUGCGAACUUGGUUGCGACUCUGCAGAACAUGAGACCAGGGUAUUAUGCAGGUGAAAUCCUUAAAAAAAUGUAUCAUUCACACCAACGAGGGAAAGAAUUUGAAAGCAAACAGUGGUCGUAGAGGUUCCUGCCCCCUCCAAAUUCCCAAAAAAAAAUAAUUAAAUUUUGCAUAUGCCCCUCCAUGAGACAUACUAUGCAUAGAGAGAAGAUCUUAUGGUAAUAUUAUUUGGCCAAUUUCGUUUUUAAAACAGGAUAUUUUGAUGGUAUGUAUAUAUUUUUUUAUUUUAUAAACUUGUUUAUUCAUAAAGAUAACACCAUUUUCAAGAAAUAUAACAUCUACUUGUUCAGUAAUACAUUACCAAAACAGUGUCAUUUCGAUUUAUACACGAUGCACUUUUACAAUAUAUAAAUAGUAAUAAGCAAGUCAAGCUACUGGGAACAAUUCAAAUAAAUCAGCAAGUAUAUGUGCAAUAGAAAAAUGUACCAAUGUCAUAAUGUAAAAUUUAGUUACAUACCGUGUUUUAUCGCAUAAUCGUCACACAUUUUAUACUAAAAUCAAGUUUGAAAAGUACAAUUAUGUGAAAACAUUUUUUGUUAGGUAAAGUUAUUCCUAAAAACAAAACCUAUGCAAGGAAAGUACGUUCAUAUAAAAAGUAGAGUAUACAAAAGCACACCAAACAAUUUGAAUUAAUAAUUUAUGCAACAAAAACAUAUUGUUCAACUUUAAAUAGAAAAACCAAAACUGUGACACGAACGUGAGUCGGAGUGCAUAACUAUCGUACACACACGAGAAAGUGUGGGCUAUCAAAUGUAGUUAACUUUGCACCAGACAGAGCAUGCGCGCUGCAUGCAAUUGAUGAGCUAUCUGUUGAUAUUCGACUACGUGCGCGCGCUCUAUACAGAAAUCAACAUAACGAAACAUGAAUGAUGCCAACUAGCACUGGUUACAUUUUUAUAAGCGGUACACAGCAGCGACGAAGACGAAAAGAUAAAGUUUAUGUUUGAAAACGUCUUUAAAAUAAAAUUUACUCAUCAGUAGGGCCAUGCAAUUUUCGCGAUCGCAAAAUAUUCAUUAAAUCUGAUUUUCCCACUAAAUUUGCCUUGUUUUGACAAUUCACGAUAAAACACGCGAAAUACGUAAAAAAAUAUUUACUAACUCCUUUGUUCAACACAACAGAGACAGUGCCAACUUGUACCACCUUACUACGAAAAUAAUAUGCAAUACGUUUUAUAACUGUAAACACGGCAAGACAUUUCAACAAUCCUUAAAAAUCUGACGUGAGUUUUUGUCAUCUGAGUUGAAUUUGAUUAAAUCUGCUGAUUAAUUUCAUGAUUUUUUGUUACAUAUCAGUGAUUUAUGCUGUAUUGCAUUUCUGUGUUACAUGGUGUAUUGAUGUGCUUUUUUUUGUUAUUUUGGCUUUAUUGCAAUUCACAAUAUAAUCUUGUCCCUAACUAUUUAACAUAUAAGAAAGCGAAACAUUUAUUCAUGUUUAGUAUUGUAACUUAUAUUUAUAUUUACAUGAACACUGAUUAUAAAGGAUAAAAUAAGACCAGCUUCAAAUUAUAACCCCAUUAUGCAAGUCCAAUAUACGCUUGGUGAGUGUUUUUACAUUGCAAGCUUGCAUACGUGUUUGAUCAACUUUACUGCAAUGAAUGCAGUUGUUGAUGCAAAAUAUUGUAUAUUGGUCUCAACAAAAGAGUUAUCUGUAUGAAACAGGUGCUACAAAAUUGUGGUUCCACAGUUCUUUUCAAAUAAGAAUGUUUUUUUUCUUUAUAAAAGCAUGUUAGUUGAUAAUGAAAGGCUAGUGUAAAAUUUUUGUUUAUAAUUUUCAUUAUAAAAAAAUUCUAUGUUUACCUUGAGGCUGCUAAUUAAAGAAUACUACAUAAAUCUGGGCUGAAUUUGUGUGUAUGUUCCUGUGAAAUUUGUUGAGUAAGGAGAUUGUGACUAGCUACAAAUGAAUAGAAAGUUAUUUUUGAAAUUCUUUUUACUAAGAUGUAAAUAAUUUUUGUCACCAACACUUUAAAAUGAAAUUCAUAACUAAGUAUUGGUAGUUUUUUAAACUGUUUUAUGAUUGUAUUUUCAUUUUACAUUAUCAGUUUCAUAAUGGUAAAGCCAUUGAAAUAGCAGUAAUUUCUGUUUAAAAAAAAAUACUUUGAUUUAGACAAUAGAAUAAUUCAUGUUUUAAGUUUAAGUAUUUGUAUUCAUUUACAUAUAUCAAUUCUGAAAAGUUGUUAACUGCUGGUAGUUUAUCUUCUUAAGUAAUACUAAUUAGUAGCAAUUAAAUUUAGUAUUUUAUUACUACUUAAAUUAUUACAGUCAUUUAUUAUGUUUUGUAUUUCUAUAAGUGUGCUGCUUAAUUAUCUGUCGAGUUGUAAACUGUUUAUUACCAAAGUGCCUUAAUGUGAUUUUUAAAAAUGUAUUUUAAUCAUUCAGAUUUUUAUGGUGCCUUAGGGUUGGUUCAUCUGGUUUGUGUGAUGGAUGGUUACAUACGUUAAUGAUGAAUUUUGAAAUUUAUUGCUAUUGAUCUCAUUACCUAUUAUCAUGUAAACUACAUCAUUGUUAGUCAUUCUCAGAGACUGAUGUGGGUGAUCAUGUAAUUUAAUCAAAUACUUUUUUUUUUUUGUAUAAAAAUAUUGGUCGAUCUUGCUGGCUGUGUUUUGCCCAAAUUUUCUUAAGCAGGUACUAUUUGUUUAUAGUUAAUACAGUAUUUUAUAAUCAAUGUUUAUUAUAAAGUUUUUUUUUUGCAUAAUGUAAAGCUAGUGUAUUACUGUAAUUAUAGCAUUAUAAAUGGUCAUAUAUUUUAUUUUUAAAUUAGUUUGAAAAAUUUUGGCUGUUUAGAUGAGUUUUGUUGAUUGUUGAAUACGAAGAAGAAAAAACACUCAUUGUAUGUGCAAGUGUUUGGAUCUCAUUAAAUCAUUAUGCUCUCUAGGUAUAGAAUUGUUGAUCUAUUUUAAAAAGUUAACAUUUUCUUUUUAUGUUAGCAUGCAGUGAAGUACUCAAUGUUGAGUAUUAAGAAAUACUACCUAUAAUGUAUUUUAAUUCUUUGAGAUAGUUUUGAUAAUAUUAGUUUUUACCAUACAAUUAAAUCAAUUGUACAAUUACUAAUGUUAAUUUUUAUACAAAUAAAUUUGAAUAAUUAUUUGUAGUAAA